AGAUUCAACUUUGUCCUAGAACAGAGAACACAUUCAGGAACACAGCUGUGAGGAGAAUGGCACCACACUGACGCUCUCAGCUUUCUUCUCAGGAUUUUAAUCAUUUUUGUAUUUCUGUUGGUGAUUCUAGCGCCUGGAACAUGGCCCUGCUCUCAGACAAGGCUUACUCUGGGAUUGAACUCCUAGACCUGCUCCUCGAGCCUCAUAAGGUCCCUCAUAUAGAGAGCAAUGGUGACCAUGGCAACCCCGCGUGGUCAGUCACAGAUCAAAGAAUUCUGUGUCACGGUGAAGGUGCUGUCGAUAACUUCCUGGACUCCCUGUUGCAAGCGUCCGAUGGCGUGUCCCAGCCCUGCUCUCCCCUCUGGGUCCCUUCACCCUCUGACAGCGGAAUCAGUGACGACACCCCCUCGGACCACCUGGACAGCCCGCCGUUUGACACGGUCUUCCUCCCGCAGCUUCCUCAUCUUCUUCCUCAGCACCUUCAGCAGAAGAACGCACCCGCCGCAUGCACAGAGCCUGAUAUCUCCAUCGAUCUGGCAGACUGGGAGGCCUGUCUGUUCUCUGAAGGUCUGACACACUCUCAGUAUACAUCAGCAGAGCCGGGAACUCAACCAGCCACCGUUUACCAGCUCAGCGUAAAAGACCUGCUGCUCUCCAACAUGGGAGAAGCGUCGAAACCCUCCGCCCAGCAAUCCCAGCAAGAACUGAUCCUCAAUGAAGAUGAGAAGAAACUUUUAGCCAAGGAAGGAGUCAGUCUUCCCAGCCAACUGCCACUUAACAAGUACGAAGAAAAGAUUUUGAAGAAGAUUCGGAGGAAGAUCCGCAACAAGCAGUCGGCGCAGGAGAGCCGUAAGAAAAAGAAGGAAUAUAUAGAUGGACUGGAGGACAGGAUGGCUGCCUGCAGCUCUCAGAAUCUGGAAUUACAGAGGAAAGUCCUCCAGCUGGAGAAGACCAACACGUCUCUGAUGGAGCAGUUACGCCGGCUACAGUCUCUGGUGAUGAACGGAUCCAGUAAACCUGCUCAGACGGGAACCUGCAUCCUGGUGCUGGUCAUCUCUUUCUCUCUCAUUCUCAUCCCGAGCCUCCAGCCCAUCUCACACCGGAGGGCCACUGACCCCGGAGACUUCAGCGGCGCGAAAGUUCAGUCCAGGUCACUGCGUUCAGUGAUGGAGGUCUACAGCGUCCAGCCCGGCUACUCGGUCGACAGGGAUGUGGACGCGUCCCCCUCGUCUCCUCACGGAAAGCAUCGGCUCCGACCCGAGUACGCCGACAUGGACCCUCUGCAUCACAACCACAGCCACAGAGACAGAGAGCAUCAUCACAGAGAUCCCGUCACGGGCCACGCCUCCGCACUGGGGUGGAUAACGCAUCAUGAGAAAGACGGGAAGUGAUGUCACGGGUUGGCGCGCAUUGUAGCAGACGCUCGACCAAGGCAUCGCCGCUCAGGACGUUGCUGACACGAAAAGCGGCCCACAGCUGUUUGGUUUGCUUGUAUGUGGCAUGCAGGUGCAGGUUUAUCUGAAUAGAUCACACUGCAAUAACAGACUGGAGCUGUAAAAAUAUGUUGCGAAAAGCAUUUUUAGUUUACUUGCAAAUGAUGCACCUUAUUGUAAGAGUACUGUAGGAAGGUUUCAUGCGAAUACAGUAACUUGGCAAAUUUAACGCCCGUUUCAUCCUCAAGCGUUCAUUGCUUGAACAUGAAUCGUUUCCAGCAUCGUGCAAAGAUUUGUUGCAAGUACCCUGGCAAAUCGUUUCCAUCUCAAGUGUUCAUUGCAGCAGCAUUUGUAAACAUUUGACCACGCCAUCGCAGCUCAAUACGUAUGGAAAAAAGAUUUGAACCCUGACUGUCAUCCUCAAGUUCAUCGCAUUCAUUUCUGGAAGCGUUUGGCUAUGAUAUUGCAGCUCAUUCCUGCUAAAAAACUGCCACAGACAGGAAUCUGAUCGACAUGCAAAGCAAACAACCACAGUCAGUUUUGGCAUUUAGGUUUGGGUAUAUCUAAAUAGGCUAUGCCGUAGGAAUAUAUUGCAGGCAAAGGUUGUACAGAAAACAACAAAAUUGAAUACAAUAAAGUAAAAUGUUGAAAAAAAAAAAAUCUCCCAAAACAAAUCACAGAUGCACAAAUGACUGCAGAAUGUUCUAAAAAGAUUUUAUGCAACGAAGCUGACUAAUCUAGUUAUUAGUCCUCAAACGUUCAUUUUAUCAACAUUUGUAAGCAUUUGAAUUUAAAUCUUGAAAUAAACUCUUAAAACUUGGCA